GAGGGCGUCGAUGGCGGGCGGCGGGCGGCGCUCGGCGGCGCCUCGGCGGGCGCGCUGGUGGCCGCUGCUGCUGCUGCUCUUGGGUGCGGGCCGCGGCGCGUACGCGCUGUACUUCCACAUCGGAGAGACCGAGAAGCGCUGCUUCAUCGAGGAGAUCCCGGACGAGACCAUGGUCAUCGGCAACUACCGGACGCAGCUGUGGGACAAGCAGACCGAGGCCUUCCUGCCCUCCACGCCCGGCCUGGGCAUGUUCGUGGAGGUCAAGGACCCUGACGGGAAGGUGGUGCUCUCCAGGCAGUAUGGCUCGGAAGGCCGGUUCACGUUCACUUCACACACCCCAGGGGAACACCAGAUCUGCCUCCACUCCAAUUCUACUCGUAUGGCACUUUUUGCAGGGGGGAAGUUGCGAGUGCACCUGGAUAUCCAAGUUGGAGAGCACACCAACAACUACCCUGAGAUUGCAGCCAAGGAUAAACUGACAGAACUGCAGUUAAGAGCCAGACAGCUUUUGGACCAGGUGGAGCAAAUCCAGAAGGAGCAGAACUACCAAAGAUACCGAGAGGAGAGAUUCCGUAUGACCAGUGAGAGCACUAAUCAGCGAGUGCUGUGGUGGUCCAUUGCCCAGACAAUCAUCCUCAUCCUCACAGGCAUUUGGCAGAUGAGACACCUCAAGAGUUUCUUUGAAGCGAAAAAACUAGUUUAGCCUGUGCGACAAUAGAGGCACCUUUUUGCAGAAGUUUGCCAUCUUCAAUUUCCACAGACCAUCUUGACCAUCCUGCAGUUGCUAGUACACAGAAAUGAAAUAACAACACAACCCAGAAUGUCCUUGGCUAGUUCCUGAGACUUCCUCUCUGCAGAUACCCUUUCUUUCAAAAGUUGCUUGCGCACCACUUCAUAUUUUGCUGUGCUGGAGCAGAAAAGCCUUGUGAGUGGGGAUGGAGUAGACUUAAUUGCCAACAACCCUGGGAAAUGCUGAGAUGUAGAUUUUGAGUAGUCUUGGGAGACUGACCUGCCCAAAUGGUUGUAAGCUGCUUAGAAGGUUCUGUCCUGUGGCUCCUCAUAUAAUUUGUUAAUAGUACAGGCAGCCCUUACAAUGGAGAGCUACUGGAAAGGAAAAAGAAAUACUAAGUUAGAAUGCUUCUGUUCUCUGUACAAAGCAGUAGCUAAAAUUUCACUGUUGGGUCUUUCAUUUCCCCAUCACCUGCAGGAAUAACUAGGUUCUUGGAGAACCCCCUGUAUCUGCUCCUGUACUCUUUCUUGAGUUUUCCUAUUAAGCAGGAGUUAAGCAGAAUUGGCUCCAAGUGUUAUAUGUGCCCCCCCCUCGCCCGGCCUGGUUAAGAUUGCUAGUAGAUCUUAUGAGGGGUCUUCAGUUGUAUGUACGUAUUCCUAGGACCUGUUUCACCCUUUCUCUAGUUGAGAGAGGCCUGCAAGUAUCCACCUGCCUGUUUGCUGUCUUUGGGAUGGCAGCACUGGAACUUUGAAGGCACAGCCCACUGCAUGUUUGGACAGAAAUACUUCCCACAGUUCCCAGCAUGGGCUUCAUAGAACUCCUCUCUGUCUUAGAAUAGGGUUGCACCCCUAAAAUGAGCAGUUGGAAAUGCUGCUUUUCCUCCUCUGUAGUACAAGGGAGCGUCAUUUCUUCCCUGUGUGGGAGGGCAGCUAAUCAAUCUUGUUCCUUGUUGGUAGUUUUUGGAGUGAAAUAAAAGAUUUUCUGCAAGAAAA